AUGGGCUCUCUCUUCAACACCCCUCAAGGCCGUUUGGCCGGCAAGAACGCCAUUGUCACUGGCGCUGCUGGUGGAAUUGGUUUGGAGACAUGCAUCCUGUUCGCCAAGGAAGGCGCCAGCAUUCUGAUGACUGAUAUCUCGGAGCCUUCCCUUGAAAAGGCCAAGGCCAAGAUUGCCCAGUUGGUUCCUGGCGCAAAGCGCGUCGAGACAAUGGUGUGCGAUGUCUCCAAGGAGGCUCAAGUGCAAGCCGCCGUCGAAUCGCUCGACUCCUGGGGUGGCCUCGAUAUCAUCUUCAACAAUGCCGGUAUCAUGCACGCACACGACGAUGACGCUGUCGGCACGCCCGAGAAGAUCUGGGAUCUCACCAUGGACAUCAACGUCAAGGGUGUCUGGUACGGCUCCAAGCAUGCAGUCCUGGCUUUGCGCAAGCAUAAGAAGACAAAGGGCAGCAUUAUCAACACGGCAUCCGUUGUCGCCCUGGUCGGCUCCGCCACUCCCCAGCUGGCCUACACUGCCUCCAAGGGUGCAGUCCUCGCCAUGACCCGCGAGCUCGCCAUUGUCCAUGCCCGUGAAGGCUUCCGAUUCAACAGCUUGUGCCCUGCGCCUCUCAACACUCCCCUUCUCCAGGAUUGGCUCGGUGAUGACAUCCCCAAGCGCAUGCGCCGCGAGAUUCACUUCCCAUCCGGCCGCUUUGGUGAGGCUAUCGAGCAGGCCCAAGCUGUCCUUUUCCUGGCAAGCGACGAGGCAAGCUUUGUCAACGGCCACGAGAUGGUAGUCGACGGUGGCAUGACCAAGGCCUACGUUACCCCCGAGGGACAGCCGACGGCCGCUCCUGUCAACAACGCACUAAAGGAGGAGCUCUGA